AAAAAAAAUGAUACUCACUCCAUCUCUCUCAGCGCAAAGACCAUCAGGAACACGGCGUCUGUGAACCUGGAGCUGACCGCAGAACAGUGGAAGAGGAAAUAUGAGAAAGAGAAGGAGAAGAACAAGAACCUGAAGGAGAACAUCCAGAGGCUGGAGGCGGAGCUUAACCGCGGGCGUGACGGGGAGUGUGUGUCAGCGCUGGAUCUCAUGGCUGAGGAGUCUGAUGUCAGUGAAGACAACCGGAGCAUCAGUGUAUGUGUGUUAACCCCAGAGGAACACAAGCCCAAAUAUGAGGAGGAGAUACGCAAACUCUACAAACAACUGGACGACAAGGAUGAUGAGAUUAAUUUACAGUGUCAGCUGGUGGAAAAACUGAAGGAGCAAAUGCUGGAUCAAGAAGAGCUGCUGGCCUCGUCACGCGGGGACUGUGAGCGUGUGCAGUGUGAGCUGACUCGACUGCAGGCUGAGAGUGAGAGUGCGAAGGCCGAGGUGAAGGAGGUUCUGCAGGCGCUGGAGGAACUGGCUCUGAGCUACGACAUGAAGAGUCAGGAGAACCAAGACACGAGCGCUCAGAACCGACGACUGACCGAGGAGCUGUCACACAAAACCUCGGAUCUCGUGUGUUUGGAGGCGGAGUUUUCCCGGCUACAGGAAGUGAACGCCCAGCACAGGAAACGCAUCACUGAGGUGAUGAACACCCUCAUGAAGGAUCUCAACGACUUCAGCUUCAUACUGGGAGACUGUGACCUCAGACUGCCGUGUGACGUGUCGUGUGUGUUGGAGGAGGAAUACGCCGUGGUUCGAGUGUUUGUGAGUAAAGUGAAGUCUGAGCUGAAGUCUGUGGUGAAACGCUGCCGAAACCUGGAGAACUUACAGUCCGACUGUCACCGCAAGAUGGAGGAGACCGAGAGAGAGCUGUGCUCCUGCCAACUGCUCAUCUCACAGGUCAGAACACACACACACACACACACAGGGGCGGACUUAACCAUUAGGCAAAGCCAAGCGGUGCUGAAAAAGCAGGACGCGGGAGGAAAGCAAAGCGGUUUCAGCAAAAUUGCAGAAGGCAACAAACUUUUUUGUGAUGCCCGCUGA